GGUCCACUCCCGUCACAAGACACGGUGCGCCUAGGAUUUCCAUCACAACCAAAAUGGCGGAGUAAAGAGACGGUUGGGCAUCACGUUGAACUGGGCACGUUUUGUUGUAGUGUUUAAUUGAAUAUUAUAUUUUUAAAGAAGAAGACCAGGAUAAUGUAACUGUGCUUGGACCCGAACAUACAGACGCCGUAACAGGACACAUAUCUUGCGCGUAAGUAGAAUGAUAUCCGCCGCGCGGGGAUGGGAGAUGAUGGAAGACAAAGGCCCUCGCGUAGCGGACUACUUUGUGGUGGCCGGCCUGACGGACUCGUCCAAGCCGCUGGACGAGGAGCUCCACUUCGAUGACGUCUGCCACAAGUGGGCCAAGCCCAGGGCGCCCAUCACGGACGUGGUGGUGGUGAUGCGCUCGCUGGGGGAGGAGGUGCCGGCGGGGUACACCUGCGUGGACACCACCCCCUCCGGCCUGUCCGCAGACCUGACCGGGGGCAGCCUCAUGGGCCCCCAGAUCUUCGUCUGCUACAGGAGGGGGCGGGACAAGCCCCCGCUCACUGACCUGGGAGUGCUCUACGAGUGGAAAGAGCGACUGAAACCCGGCUGUGACAUCAUCCAGACCACGCCCUCUGGUCGCCCGGCCAACAUCAGCAGCAACUCCUCCCAGCGCAUCUAUAUCACGUACCGCCGUGCCCCUGACUCCCUGCCUCAUGCCUCGCUGGCCGUUACCGAUAUCUGCAUCAUCAUCCCAGGCAAGGGCGAGACUCCGCCCCACACCUUCUGCAGGGUGGACAAGAACCUCAACAGCAGCAUGUGGGGUUCCUCAGUCUACUUAUGCUACAAGAAGUCUGUGGCCAAAACCAACACUAUAGCCUACAAAGCAGGGCUUCUCUGCAGGCACCCUGAGGAGGACUACGAGUCAUUCCCACUGCCGGAGUCAGUGCCCCUCUUCUGCCUCCCCAUGGGAGCCACCAUCGAGUGCUGGCCUUCGCAGACCAAGUACUCCCUGCCCGUCUUCUCCACCUUCGUCCUGACUGGAGCCUCUGGGGAAAAGGUGUACGGAGCUGCUAUCCAGUUCUACGAGCCGUACCCUCAGGAGCGCCUGACGGACCGGCAGCGCUCCCAGCUGGGCCUGCUGGACGGGGAGAGGAAGGGCGGCGGCCCCAGGGCCGUGCACACCAACAAGUGCAUCUGCCUGCUCUCGCACUGGCCCUUCUUCCACGCCUUCCGGAAGUUCCUCACCUUCCUGUACCGCUACUCCAUCUCCGGCCCCCACGCGCUGCCCAUCGAGAAGCACGUCUCGCACUUCAUGCACAAGGUCCCCUUCCCCUCUUCCCAGAGGCCCCGGAUACUGGUGCAGUUGUCCCCACAUGACAGCCUGAUGCUGAGCCAGCCAGUGUCCUCACCCCUGCCCCUGAGCGGCAGCCGGUUCUCCACGCUGCUGCAGAACCUGGGCCCGCAGAACGCCGUCACCCUGCUGGUGCUGGCCGUCACCGAGCACAAGAUCCUGGUGCACUCGCUGCGGCCGGCCGUGCUGACCAGCGUGGCCGAGGCGCUGGUGUCGAUGAUCUUCCCCUUCCACUGGCCGUGCCCGUACAUCCCCUUGUGCCCGCUGGCCCUGGCCGGGGUGCUGAGCGCCCCCUGCCCCUUCAUCGUGGGGGUGGACUCCCGCUACUUCGACCUGUACGAGCCCCCUCCCGACGUCAGCUGCGUGGACCUGGACACCAACAGCAUUUCCCACACCGAAGAUAAGAGGGCCCUGACCUGGAAGAUCCUGCCCAAGAAGGCCUGCAAGAACCUGCUCAACGUCCUCAACAACCUGUACCAGCAGCUGGCCGAAGGCCAGCAGAGGCCCCGGGAGGACGGGCUGCUGGAGCUGGCCGUGAGCGAGCACUGUGACCUGGCCGGGGGGAAGAGCCUGCAGGCCCUGGAGAUGGAGAUCCAGGAGGCCUUCCUGCGCUUCAUGGCCGCCGUGCUGAAGGGCUACCGCUCCUACCUGCGGCCCAUCACCCAGGCGCCCUCCGAGAAGGCCACCGACGCCAGCUCCCUGUUCGACCUGCAAGGGUUCUUGAGGAGUCGUGACCGCUCCCACCAGAAGUUCUACUCCCUCAUGACCAAGACGCAGAUGUUCAUCCGCUUCAUCGAGGAGUGCUCCUUCGUCAGCGACAAGGACGCCAGCCUGGCCUUCUUCGACGACUGCGUUGAGAAGCUGUACAACACAGAACGAAGUGCAGACAAAGGAGGGAAGGUCGAUGGGGACCGUCCAGAGGAUACCAGGCUCAUAGAGCUGGACGAAUCGCAACGCAGCGAGCACACCGUCUUCAUCACCCCCCCAGAGCUGCCCCCGCUUCCUGAGGGAGAGGAGUAUCCGCUGUGCUACAGCUACAGCGGCUUUCCCGUGCUGAGCCACGAGCUGUUCGACCCUCAGGAAGGCCUGCGGACGCCCGCGUCCCGCCUGGCCACGCGCCACAGCUGCAGCACCAGCCCCGCCCCCAUGUUCCGCCGCACCAAGCAGGAGAUCCGAUCGUCGCAGAAGAUGGCCAAGAAGUACUCGUCCAUCCCGCAGAUGUGGUCCAAGUGCCUGCUGCGGCACUGCUACGGCCUGUGGUUCAUCUGCCUGCCCGCCUACGUGGCGGUGUGCCACUCCAAGGUGCGGGCGCUGCGCACCGCCUACGACGUGCUGCGGAGGAUGCAGGCCAAGCGGCUGCAGCCCCCCGACGAGGUGUGUUACCGCGUUCUGAUGCAGCUCUGCGGGCAGUACGGCCAGCCCGUCCUUGCGGUGCGGGUCCUGUUUGAGAUGAAGAAGGCCGGCGUCCACCCCAACGCCAUCACCUACGGCUACUACAACAAGGCUGUGUUAGAGAGCACCUGGCCCUCCAGCACCAGGGGCGGCUACUUCCUGUGGAUCAAGCUGAGGAACGUGGUUCUGGGCGUGGCCCGCUUCCGCCGGGCGCUGAGGAAGCAGCAGUCCAGCGUGGCGCUCACCCCCCUGUCAGAUGGCAGUGACCUGGACGCGGUCAGCCACGGCAGCCUGGAUAGUGCUAACGACUCUAACCCCGUGGAGCAGAGCCCCUUCGGCGCUGACUUAAUCAAAGUAGACUCCACAGACGAUAGGUCUAGCACAGGCGGCCAGUCUGAUCUGGGGUACAACUCCCUGUCCAAAGAGGAGGUGCGCCGGGGAGAGAGCAGCCCUCAGGACAGCGCCCGGGACCAGGAGGAGGACAAGAAGGAGAGCGACUCCAGCUCCUUGUCGGAGACCGAGAGCGCCAAGGGCAGCGGCGACUGCCUCCCGCAGCUGGACUUCCCAGCAGUCCGAGGCCCGUUCCAGCCCCGCGCUGGCAUCGUCCGCGGCAACUGUCCCUUCGACAACGCGGACAGCCAGGCUAAUGACGCGAGUGCAGCGCAUGCCGCUGGGCUGCUCUUCUCUUCCUUGGAGGAGCUGGGAGCGGUUGAGGGCGGCGGCCUGCGCAGGAGGCACAGGAGCGCGGUGGAGGAGGGCCGGGGUGCGGCGGACUGGCCCGGGGUCAGAGGUCGCAGUCUGAGCGGGGACGCGACGGGGCGCAGGGUCCUGGGGCUGGGGAUGACCCAGGGAGAGACGGACCCCGCCCGCAUCGCAGGGAAGCUGGGCGCCGACGCCAAGAUCCUCUGCGGAACCUUCCAGACGUCGGCGAGGCCGGGCUCUCUGAGCAGCGGCGGCGCUGGCGGGGUGGGCGUGGUCAGACCCAGCUCGCUGGACAUCGGCACGCCCAGGCGUCGCCACAGAGACAGCCGAGAAAGAGACUUCAGCGACGAGGACAAGGCCGACGCCCCCGCCAUCUUCGACCUGGAGGACCUGGACGCGGAGGCGGGCGAGGGGCAGGGGGCGGGGCGGGGGGCGGCGGGCAGGCGCAGGAGAGGGGUGGAGCGCAGCGUGAGCGUCGGCAGCUUCGGCGGGCAGGCGGCGAGGCGGACGGGCAUCGAGACGGGCUUCGACCCGCUCUCCCUGCUGGCGGCCCAGACGGAGCGGCGGCAGGAGGAGGCGGAGCCCGAGCGGGAGGGCGGGCCGCUCACGCCCCGCCGCGACCUGGCCGAGGAGAUCGAGAUGUACAUGAACAACAUGGGCAGCCCCCUGAGCAGCCGCGCCCCCAGCAUGGACCUGCAGGAGCCCGCCAGCCCCGCCCUGCAGGCCACGCCCACGUCCCGCCGCCCCAGCCUGCCCCACAGCUCGCCCCGGCCCGCCGGCCUCCCGCGCUCCCGCACCUACCACUCCCGCCCCCGCCCCCGCCUCUGGUCCUCCCCCACCUUCUCCCAGGGCAGCCCCCGCCGCGAGCAGGAGUCCGCCGUGGACCUGCCCUCCCCGUCCUCCUUCGCCAUCGACUCCCUCCUCACCCCCACGCUGGACGUCUUCAAGAGCAGCGUGGUUUCUGCCGGGAAGGGCGUGGCAGAGAAGGCCAGCCGCUGGUAUUCGCGGUUCGCCACCUACACCACGCCCUCUAAGGAUGCGAACUCGGACCGGGCCAGCGUGUCCUCUCUGGGCACGGGGGACCCAGACUGCUCCUCCCUGCUGGAUGAGGAGCCCUGCCUGGACCCCUCCAGCCCCACCUCUCCCCAGCGCAACGGCAUCAUGGGUCCCAAACGGAGCCCCCUCCGGAGCAGUCAGGAGAGUCCCACCCUGCCCCCCGGCCCAGGGCGCCCACGCCUGCUCUCAGGCUUUGCGGCCUCCCCCUCCUGCUCCCCCCAGCUGGACAAGCCCGAUCUGAGCUCCUCCCGCUGCUCCAGCAGCACCAGCAGCAGCAGCGCCUUCCAUAACUACGCCAUGGAGGUGCUGAUCUCCAGCUGCUCGCGCUGUAAGACCUGCGACUGUCUGGUGUACGACGAGGAGAUCAUGGCUGGCUGGACCGCAGACGACUCCAACCUCAACACCACCUGCCCCUUCUGCGGAAACCCCUUCCUGCCCUUCCUCAAUGUGGAGAUCAGAGACCUGAGAGGACCUGGCAGGUACUUCCUGAAGAGCAGUCCAUCUGCUGAAGAGGCGGGCUCGUCAUCAUUCUUCAUGCCCACCGGGCUGGGCACUGGCACGUCUACGCUGACCACACCCUGCCCCAACACAGCUUUCUCCCCAUCCUCCCCUACGAUCACCGUGCAGGAGUGUUCCGGAAACAGCCGGAAUGGCUGCCCCCCACCCCACAGCAUCGAGAUCGCCAUGGCGCGUCAUCCGGCUGGCCUCUCCACACCAGCCCCGCUGGCCCGCAGCGUCAGCACCUGUGGCCCCGUGGAGGAGCCCCCGAGGCCCUGUCACCGCGUCCCCACGGGGAGCCUGCCCAGCCGCCUCAACGACCACGUGGGUCCUCUGGACAUGGAGUGGCGCCUGCACACCCCUGAGCCAGUGACCGUGCCCUACCUGAGCCCGCUGGUCCUGUGGAAGGAGCUGGAGAGCCUGCUGGAGAACGAGGGCGACCAGGCCAUCACCGCCUGCAGCAUUGUGGACCAGCACCCCAUCGUCUUCUGGAACCUGGUCUGGUUCUUCCGUCGGCUGGACCUGCCCAGCAACCUGCCCGGCCUCAUCCUCACCUCAAAACACUGCAACCACGACACCAAGGUUCCUCGCCACUGGAUGUCAGAAGACAGCAAGCACGUGUUGAUCCAGAGGCUUUGGGAUAACCUGAAGCUGCAGCAGGACCCCAUCCAGCCCCUCUACAUCCUGUGGAACACUCGCAGUCUAAAUUACACUCUUAUAACAGAGAGCCAGAGCUCAGCGGCCCUGCAGCGGCUGCAGGAGGAGGAGGGCCCGUUUGGGGAGGAGGUCCUGCAGAGCGUGGUGAAGAGCAUCCAGAAGAACGACGUGUACGGGCCCAUGAGCCAGGUCCUGCAGCUGCUCGGAGACUCACUGGGCGUCCGGAGGCAGAGGAGUUUAUACCGAGACAUCCUGUUCCUGUCCCUGGUGGCCCUGGGCAAAGACAACAUCGAUAUCGACGCCUUUGACCGGGAAUACAAGUCGGCGUACGACCGCCUGACGCCCAACCAGGUCAAGCUGACGCACAACUGCGACCGUCCGCCCAGCGCCGGCGUCAUGGAGUGCCGCAGGACGUUUGGGGAGCCCCACCUCUGAACCCCACCUUUGAACCCCACCCAGCCGCUCCUGUCCUGCCCCUGGGCUCCACGCACAACAGAGAGAACAGAUCUGCUGUGUGAGAAGCAGGACUCCACUCUAGUUUUCUAUCACUGCCCUGGACCCCCACGCCCCCCCCCUCCCGCAGCCACUCCCACAACUCCCUCUGUCCACGCCCAUAAUUCCCAUAUUAUGCCCAUCUGCCCACACCCUUUCCCAUGACAGCCAUGUUGACACAUACUCCUCUAACACCCCUCUCUAUACCUCUCCCACUACACUUCAGGCCACGCCUACUUCUGUGACAUCCUUUCACCACACCCAAUCGCCUGAGAAGGGAGGUGGGGGACUGCUAAAAGGGAGUAACCCUGCAUUUCCCCCGGAAGUGCACCUGGAAUCCUGCUUCUUUCAAAAGCAGUGCCUGACGUUUCCCAAACACUAUAUUCCAGACAUGAAAAAGUAAAGGAGUAGGAUUAACUCUCGUAUUAUAUGAGGUAUUACAGGAAGCCUUCGUAACUAAGGUCCUGUUUGUGUUGCAUACAAUGCAGAUGUACUUGUAUAUACAAUGUUAGACACUUUUAUGAAAAAAUAUAUCACAGUUUAUAUAUGAUGAGUAAUACUGGCAAUAUUUGACUUAACGUGGAAUCUAUUUAUACAAACUUACAUUAUACAUUAUACACCAUUUAUUUCUAUGGCAUGUUUAGUCGGCUGUUUCGCUGACUGUUUCCCAUCUCCCCCUGGGUCUGUGUGGACUGGUGCAGAAGUGUCUUUUUGGUGAGGUCCACAUGGCAGCUCGCUGUCCUGGUCCUCGCCUGACUCCUCAGCUUUACAGUAUGUGAUCACUGACCAGGUGACCCCACCCCUCUCCCCCCAAAAUGCGUCCUUUCUGUCACAAUGUUUCCGAACACACACACACACACAUAUAUAUUUGAAGUAUACGACAGAUCUGACUGGGUAUUAUUUUAUGAGCAUGAUAAUAAUUUGUCAAACAUUGAGAGACCUCACACAUGCAAAUUUGGACCAGUGUGGUCAGUGUAGCCACAGAGCCCCUAACCCAGCGCAGUGGUGUUAAGGUUUCGCCCCUCAGUGUUUAUGCCACGCCCCCAUUAUACAUUGCGCAGGUCACUGAAGCACAUCCCGGAAACCAUCAGUACAUGUCUGUGAACUCUGACAGAGCAGCCGUGAGCCCUUGUGCAAGAGCACCAGCUUCACGCAGAGCACCACGCGGUCUGCCUGUUUGAGCCAAUCAGCGUACGACUUCUGCCCCUAAUCUGCCUCACAGCCGUUCACUUAUCCAUCAGUUAGGGUGUCAGAACCCCUGUCCUGGGUUUAAAUGCUUUUAAAAUUGAACUGCCAUUCCUCUAGAAAAGAAAACAUCUGACCGCAAAAUAUUUCAGAUAGAUCAUUUUACUGUUUUAUUCCUUGGAUGCAUCUACUUCGAAGAUUCUUCUCAUUUUUUAGCUACGUAUCAGUCUGCUUUCAUUUCUGUUUCUAUUCGCAAUGUUAGAAAACCAAAAAUCAAUCAUCCAAAAAUGGUACAGUUAUAAAUAUACAGUAUGUGUAUGUAAAAAUGUAUAUUUUAUCAGAACUUUUAAAACAGGCUGUUGUUAAUGAGCUAAACUUAUAAAAGCAAUGUUGACUUAAAGACAGUGUGGUCUUGUACAGGAUAGCAAUAGUUUCUAUGUCAGGUCCUUAGGUCUUUGUUAUUUCUUUGUGUCUACAUAUUUGCUAUGUGAAUUAAGAGCAACCUGUACUGUGUGUUUGUAAAUAAGACCCACUCUGUCAAGAUGUCAUGAACACAGAAGUGUGUAUAACUGGAACUAAGUACAGGGCCCCUCAUACAUUAUCAGACACACGGUUGGAGCUGUUCUUUACUAUGGUACGUAGGAGGUGCACUUUUUGUAACGGUCUUAAAAUGUUGUAAUGUGCUGUACACACAGUGGAAGGAUACGAGUCUGCUGCGUCUCAUGCUUGUGAGAGAGAGGAUCGGUACGGUAUCGGGUUAGCAGGUACAGGCUGUCCCCACUGACAUCAGCAGGUGUAUCUGCCCUGCUCUGUUGCAUAAGGAACUUCCUCUAGUGCUGUGUUCCUCUCUUACCACCUGUCUUGGAAAUACCUACAUGAAAUCACUGGCAUACAAGACCAAUUUUUUGCUCAUGUACAAUACUUGGUACCUUCUACUUCUAAUGCUUUAUGUAUUUUCUCUAUAGAUGAAUGUAUUUAUAUAUAUAUAUAUAUAUAUAUAUAUAUAUAUAUAUAUAUAUAUAUAUAUAUACAUAUAAAUACAGUAUACAGAUAUUUACAAGUGUUCAGAAUCUUUUUAUAUAUUACCUUCAGUGUGGUUGUAUAAUAGCACAGCUUCAUUUUCAGUGGCACAUGUAGUAACACAAUGGUCUAAAAUAACUGCCUACUAAUGAAUGCAUCAGGGUUCUAACAGGAUGAAUGCUGAGCAGGAGUGCUGCCUGCCAUGGGAGCAGGAGUGAAAGUGAUUUUGUGUACAGGCGCUGUACAGUCUUGAAUAUUCAUUGUGCAUCGCUAACACACUCGCGCAGGCGGAGCACACGUUUGCCCGGAGUGGUUCCUUCAGUGUGCUUUCAGGCAGGCGGGGUAGGAGCAAGCAAACGCUGCUAUUCAUUUUAUUUGACAUUUUACUCAACGUUGUCUGUUUACACUAUUUAACAGAAAUCCAACUGUUGUUUGGCAGGGAAUGCUUUUGAAUUGGCAAUUAGGCUGUUACCAAUACCAGUUAAGAAGGUUUAACACUUUUGUACUGACGUCAGGAGAUCUGUGGUAAAGUUUUUGGUCAUCAUACGUAUUUUAAUAUCUUAUAGGUGCAUAUACAUAUAUGUUGAACAAUAUGAAGUCAGAUUUGAGAUUGCCCUCUAUUUGGCCUGUGAAUGGUAAAUCGGGGCACGGCAUUGGUGUGGCUGUGUCCGAGUUCAUCUCUGCGGAUGAUUUUACUGUGAGGCGCUGUCAUGGCUGCUAGAGGAGGGCUUUUCCCAAGAGGUGUCCAAUGAGAGUUGUCUACAUCACUGAUGUACAGCAGAGGUCACCAGGCCCCAAGCUCAGAUGUGCUAUGCAAUUGUGCUGAAGAUGUUUUUUUUUUAAUUUUUUUAAAUGUGAAACAAUUCUUAAUAUGUUACAACUUGAACUGUUUUUCCCAGCCCAACCAAGGACACAUGGUAUUUAGCACCAGCCGGACAAAAAAAGUAUUUUACCUCAAAAGCUUCUGUUAUAUACAGCAGCUGAGUGAUCAAUCUCUGAUGAGAAGCUGUACAAGUAAAACAAUUCAAUUGUUUUAGGUCAGAUUGUACUGUUCCAUGUCUUUGUAAACAUUUGACCUGCCCUUGUCCAGCGGUUCGCAAAGUACCAUUUUCUUGUCUAAAUGUCCGUAGUGUUUACAGAACUGUGUACGAACAGUGGGUCUCGAGUCUGGUGAUGAAAAUGUGUCUUCGACUGGAUCUACAGGGUCGUCUUUUAAACUGUAAAUAAACUCGCUCAUAAUGCGGAUGACA